UUUAAAGAUAGUAUAUAUACAGUCGUGUCUUCACGUCGAUUCUGCUAGGGCCGCUCGUUAAAAACCUGUUUAAAUCUCACAUAUUUCGGAUUUUUGUGGACACAAACUUUAGUCCAUAUACAAUUCGAACUGUAGGGAACCAAUACUGUGUUAGAUACGCCAUAAGUUUGCUGUGUUUUUGACAUACAUCAGUUCAAAAUGCAACUGUUCGCGUCACGGCUUAAUAUUAUCAAUUUGAAGCCACAAAAAAUGGCGGUGAAGGUCUUCUCCGUGAAAAUAACACCGCAAAAACCCCGAAAUAUUUUAUCAUUCGUGUAAAAUCACUGAUAGGUUAAUAGACAAAUAAUAAUUCUUUGUCGUGAGGCCUAUUAUCUCAUUAUCUAUAAUCUUAGCUUUAUACGAUAUAGUGAUUCGAAAUGCAAAAUUGACUAGACCCCGGCUGGCUUUGAACAUGGUUAGUUUCCGUUGAAGCGAUGUUCCUAAUGUGAUAUUUCAAGUAAUUUAUUGAUAUUUAUUGAGAUGUACGGUUAGUUCGUUGGGUUAGCUAGGGGAGGGAGGCAUAUUUAUAUACUGGUGUUUACUGAGCCUAAAAACAAUAAAUUUGAAAAGAAGGAAUGUCGAACACGAAUACAUCCAGUGUAUUGUAAGAUCAGUGGUCAGCACAAUCAUAGCGGAACCAAAUAAGAUAUUUCGCAUACGACAACUGAUUCCUAAUUCUAUCUAUCGGGGUUAAAAAAACCCACAGGAAACCCGGCAUUUCGAAACUCGGCAUUACGAAACUAACGUGAAGUUAAAUCCUAUUGUUUAUGGCAAAGUAUUUCGACUCAGGUGAUGGCUAUACUCCCCCCAAACGCAAUCACAAACACAACAGCAUCGGUUCAGCGUGAAGGAAUGUGAUAAUAUAUCGACAACUUAAUUCGUCGUUCAACUAUACCGUCUGUAUAUAGUAAGAAGUCAACGAGGUACCAACAGGUGAUUCAUAACUCGAUAUAGUCCUCAAUCGCUUAAAACUUUCAAAAAUGUUGGACGACAUUAUCGCUACUUUCUUAUCUCUUUUUUUCGCUGUAACUCUGGACGUUCCGGGAAUAUAUCGUGAGAUGAACAGCAAUUUCAGAGAUCAAGAUGAGCCUAUUAAUGCGAAUGAUACGAGCCAGAGUGAAUAUCCCUCGUUGGUGCAGGAGGACUUUCCUUCGAGCAGGGAAUAUGUUUCACUUUCUGGUGUAAUGGAAAACAAGCGAAGCUUCGGUGAAUCGCUUUGUAAAAGUCUCAAGGCAACGCUAACCAUAAUCUUAGCUGUAAUUCCUUUGGUUAUUUUGGGAGUGAUUCUGAUUUAUUUUGAUCUGAGAACAACCGAUUUGUGUUUUCAACUGCUGACAAAGUCAAACGAUACCCUCUCCUUCGAUGUCCUGAGAAUUCGUUUAAUCGGUGAUGGAAUUGAAAUUGUGAUUCUAAGCUUAUGGUUUCCAUUGAGUCUAGUGAUUCUGUUUGGUUGGAGAAAGUUUAAAAGUCAAUAUUCUCUGACCGUAUUCAUAGCGCUAUUGGCCGCUCUACUUUAUACAUUGUAUUUGAGCUUUUUACUUCUGUAUCAUGUUUAUGACACAAGCUUAUGGUAUCGUGUACCAGGCAAUGUACUGUUUGUAACCGCCAUUUUGGUGGUAAGCACUAUUGUUGUUCGCAAGAUAAGACAAUGUGACCCUGGCAUAUCCUACUCAAAUUGUCAGAUAUUCACAGUAAUAUCCUGUCCAUGGUUACUAUUUUUUGCGAUAGCUUUGCUUUACAGGUACGCGCUUGUCUACUGGUUCAUUACCUUUGAAAGCGCGUUCUCCAGGUUCAUUGUGGCGAUGAUGACGCCAGCGUUGUCACUCUUCGUCUCAGUCAUUUGCAGACACAUGGCAUUGUGGCGUAGCUCACAAAUUAUCAGCCCUGAACGAAGCUUUGGCCUUGUUUAUUUCAUCCAUGCUGCCGGGAUAAUACUUUAUCGACUAUUACAGGCAGAUUUUAAGAAUAUUUGGUGGUUUAUUGUACUAUCCAUUGUCUCUGGUACCUCUGGGGUCCUCAAGGCCGCGACUGUUGGCAUCAGGGAGAAAAUAUGGUCAAGAAUUAUCCCGUUUUGGAACAAAACAUGUUGCAUUAGACUGCGGCAUCUACCUGGAAACACGCCUCGUCAUAGACGACUGAAAGCUGACAUGAAUAUUCAAAAUAUUCUGUUUGAUAGCAAUUCAUUAAUUCUCAGCCAGGCUUAUAUCGUGCUCUACCAAAUUACAAGUUUUGAAGUGUCUGCCUGGACUGUCCUAAAAUCAUCCCUGAUAAGAAUUGCGAUCGGCAUUAGUAUUGAAAUUGUGUGUAAUUUCAUAUCCACUUUUAUCCACAUUCAUUGGCGUAAUAUACCCAUUGCGCGUGCGUGGUCGAUGGUCUGGAAACGACACAUGUUUGCUAAUAGUGUCUUCAUGGUGUGUUUGGUGACGUAUUUCACCAAACCUUUGCUCGUAGUAUUUCAACACCGUUUCCUUGAUAACCAUGCCUUUGGUUUAGGUGUUUACACCAUAAGGAAUUGUACUCUGCCAUUUUAAAACUGGUAUUGACUGCAUAGGUCGUUCACUGCCAAAGCAAACAGUAUUCAAUGGUUUUCCAAGUGAAAUUCUAGCACACUAAAAACUGUAGUAUAAUCUUGAACCUCUAGAGAAUAUUUAAUAAGCAAGCAACGAUUGUUAUUCGUGACAAACGUGGGCUAAUAUACGUGAUAAUUAGUAUUGUAGCAGAUGAAUUCAUCUCUAAUAAUCAUGUGUUUCGCAAAUGUAGUUUCGUAAAUCCAGUUUUAUGCAUGUCAUUGUUUUAUUGAAUGAUGCACCAUAACGAAUAUUAUUUUGUUAUCGCCUUUUGAAAGGCAACCCGCAGUUAUAAACUGUUCCGUCCCUAUAAUAUAAAUGUGCAGUUAUAUAUGAAUAAAAAAAGAACAAGCUUCUCUUUGAAUUCAAAUCCAUUGUGAUUCAAAUGACCGACGUCUGAAUGAUUAACGAAGUUCUACGUAAACACUUUCAAUUUAACACUUUUAAAAUGUUGGACAGAAUCAUUUCUACCCUUGUAUCCUUGUUUUCCGCUUUGGUUAUGGGCACUCCACGAAUUUCUCGCGAAGUGAACGACAAUGGAAGUGCCUUAGAGCAGGAUGGCCAGCUUAAUGAUACGAUUUACAGCGAAUAUGCCUUGUUUGGGGAAGAGAACGUUCCUUCGAGCAGGGAUUAUAUUGAAUUGGGUUAUGAAAUCGAAAGCAGGCGAAGCUACAGGCAGUCGUUCCUCAGAAGUCUCAAGGCAACCCUAACUAUCAUCUCAGCUGUAGUCCCUUUGGUUAUUUUUGGAGUGAUUCUCAUUUAUUUUGAUCUAAGAACAGUCGAUUUGUGUUUUCAAUGGAUGAUAAAAUCAAACAAUACCCUCUCCUUCGAUGUGCAGAGAAUUCGCUUACUGGGCAAUGGAAUUGACGCUGUUGUCGUUAACGUUUUGUUUCCAAUGUUUCUGGCGCUUCUGUUUGGCUGGAAGAAGUUUAAAAGUCAAUAUUCCUUGACCAUAUUGGUUGGGCUGUUAACCGCUCUACUUUAUACAUUGUAUUUGAGUUUUUUACUUCUGUAUCGUGUUUACGACACAAGCCUAUGGUAUCGUGUCCCAGGCAACGUACUGUUUGCAAUCGCUGUUAUAAUGGAAAGCGCUAUUGUGGUUAGCAAGAUCAGAAAAUGUGACCCUGGCAUAUCCUACCCAAAUCUACAAAUCUUCAUUAUUGUUGCUUUUCCGUUUUUCCUGGCCUUUGCGGUUGCUAUGUUUUACAGAUAUGCUCUUGUCUACUGGUUUAUUUCGCUUGAAAAUGUCUUAUUCAGAUUCAUCGUGGCCAUUACAGCUCCGACCUUGACGCUCGUGCUCGCAGUCAUUUGCAGGCGCAUGGCUUUACGAUGUAGCUCGCAAGUCGUCAGACCUGAACGAAGC